GAAAUAAUUGCCCGAUCUUUUGUUGAAACGAAAUCUGCAAUUCCACUAUCUUGCUCUCCGCAUAAACGAAAAUGCAUCCUCAUCUGCACACACAAAAUGCUAUGGCAUGCCAGGAGGUCAUUGCCGCUCUCGAAGAAUGCCAUGCGAAGGGCUUCAUGCACAAAGCUGCAGGCGCCUGCAACGAUGCCAAAGACUUGGUAGACAAGUGUCUGCGACAGCAGCGCUCCAAAGUACAAGACGAUAACAGAGCCGCUGCAAGGGCGAAGAGGGAUAAGAUCAAAGAAGAGCAGCGAGCGCUUAGUCUAUAAGAGAUACCGAUGGACGUACCCGAGUUCUCUCCAUUUCGCCGCAUUCUCAACUCAUUUCUACAUUCAAAUACUUUUUAUUUUGUACAUUAUCACCAUCUAGUAUCAUUUAUGACCGGCGUUGGGGGAAUAAGACGGGCAGCCGGAAGAUAGGCGCUACGUCUUGUCAAUGUACAUAUAUAUUCUCA